AUGGGCGAAAGGGGCGAGGUGGCCAAUCAGCCAAGUCGAUUCCAUCUUGUGAUUGGGAGAAGAACAAGCGGAUCUGGUCUCCCCGAUCGUGACGUCUUUGAACGUCGCGACGAUCUUGAGCAAUAUUAUUCGUACGAAAGUCAACCGAGUUCUGGCAAUUGCGAAAACGUUGCCUUGUUGCUAGAACAGCGUUCAACUUUGGGGGAGCAGAAUUGCGGACCUGGAAUUCGCGCGCUGUAA